ACUCCUUGUUUUUCGUCAUAUUGUUUUGUUUUGUCCGCAAAAAGUGGAAUCAAAACAUUCUCAAAAGGUCGAGUUUUUUUAAUUUUUUAAAGAGUUUCUUGGACAUUUUAGAGCAAAAAGGCCUUUAAAUCAAUUUGCCCAUCUGGUAUCUUAAUUUUUGACGCAUCUCCGGACAUACAUAAACUGUAGUAAUCACACAACUCGUCACUUGAAGAGACGACUCCAUAAACAAGAUGCCGAGACGAAACGUUGGCUUCAUCAAACCGCCUGAACCUGCGUUCAUCACGAAAAUGAAGCAGGAUAUUGGCUGGACGGAAGGACCCAAUGUCGAAACAAAGCGAGAGACACUGUCAACCGCGACUGAAGAUGAUGAAAAUGAUAGAGAUGACGAGUCGCCGACUAUUGUAGUUUUAAAGAAAGGUGAUCUCACAGCUGAAGAGGCUAAGCUGGAAGUAGAAAAGAAACAGAAAAUCGAAGACCAGACACCUGCGGAUCUGGGGGGACGAAUUAUGUUUAAAAAGCCUGAGAAGAGAAGCACAGAGACCCCUUCUAGCUCAAAAGACAAUUUAGAUAGUAAAAAAGCAAAAAUAGAUAAAAAGAAGGACAAGGGAAAAUCAUCAAAAUCGGUUAAAAAUGACAAAAAGCUGUUGUCAUUUGAUGACGAGGAAGAAGAUUUUUGAAAUUUUGUCGAAUAAUAAAAAGAUACAAGCUAUUUUUAUAAAAAAAAAAACUGUUCUCCACAAUUGAAUAUUUUAUUUGAUUCUAUUCGACCACAAAGUGUUAAUUUUAGUAUCUCU